UGCUUAAAAUAGAUUUAGCUAUCUUGAAGAGCAGAUUCGUAGAACAUUCGUGUAAUGUUGUGUGACAACUGUAAUGCAGCUGUUUGUUUGUUUGAUUUAUAAUUACAUUUUUCAGUCUUCACUGAAUCAAACCACCGCCGCAAACCAUUCACUCUUCCUAAGCCCUUUGUCGUGUCCUUUUUAUUUCACCAUUAUUACUACUAUCUUGUUAAUGUCUUAAAACACUUUAUUACUCCUUUUAAAAUACAAUUACUCUAAUCCUAGUACCUUCAUAUAUCUUUGAGAGAGACACAGAAAAGACACAGAUCUAUCAGAUUUAAGAAUUCUCAACAACAAGAUGCAUGCAAAGACAGACUCCGAGGUUACUAGCCUUGACGCAUCUUCCACCACAAGAUCCCCUCGUCGACAAGCAUACUAUGUUCAAAGUCCAUCUCACGAUGGUGAAAAAACAACUACCUCCUUCCACUCAACUCCUGUCAUCAGUCCAAUGGGUUCUCCGCCUCAUUCCCACUCUUCCUCUAGCCGUUUCUCCGGUUCCCGCAAAAUCAACAACAACCACCGUAACGCCAAACCUUGGAAAGACAUCGAUGUUAUUGAAGAAGAGGGUCUUCUUCAAAACCAAGAUCAUAACCGUUCUCUCUCUCGUCGUUACUAUUUCCUAGCUUUUAUUCUUGGCUUCUUUCUUUUGUUCACUCUUUUCUCUCUUAUCCUUUGGGGUGCUAGUAGACCCAUGAAACCCCAUGUCGUAAUUAAGAGUAUAAAAUUCGAUCAUGUUAGAGUUCAAGCUGGUUCUGAUGCAACCGGUGUGGCUACUGAUAUGAUCACAGUGAACUCAACUGUCAAAUUCACAUAUCGGAACAAAGGCACAUUCUUUGGUGUUCAUGUUUCGUCCACGCCUUUAGAUCUAUCCUAUUCAGAUAUCGUAAUUGGCACCGGCGAUAUGAAGAAAUUUUAUCAAUCAAGGAAAAGUCAAAGAUUAGUGAGUGUAGCAGUGAUGGGAAGCAAGAUCCCAUUGUAUGGAAGUGGUGCUAGUCUAAGUAGCACAACAGGUAUGCCAAGUACACCAGUGCCAUUGAAAUUGAGCUUUGAGAUUAGAUCAAGAGCUUAUGUGCUUGGAAAAUUGGUGAAACCAAAAUACUACAAGAAAGUUCAAUGUUCUGUCAUAUUUGACCCCAAGAAAAUCAAUGUUUCUGUUCCCCUCAAGAAGAAUUCUUGCACGUAUGAUUGAUUGAGUAAUAGAAAAGUGAUUAAUUGGUUGAGGAUACAGCUAAGAGAUGGAAAAACGCGUUUUGUAGUCAUAGAAACAUAAAGACAGGUUUGGAUUCGGUGGAAACUUGUGAUCAGCAUUACUUUUUUUUUAAACUUUUUUUUUAAAUUUUUUUAUUUUGUCCCAUCAUGUGAUAAUAAGGUUAAGAUGUCCUUAAUGUAUUAUUGUAUUCAUUAUGAAUGUUGUAAUUUUAUUAUUUUAGGUAAUUAUUAUAGACGAAAAAGUUGAAUUAUUCUUUUAUUAGUUUAUGAUGUUAGAUUUAUAUAUUCUAAGCUCCACCAUAUGGGUGAAGUCACCUAUUGUAUUGAUGGCCAGCUUGUUCCACACGGUAUGCCAAUUUUAUACAAUCUAUAAAAAGAAUUAUAAAGUCAAUUCAUGUUA